UGGCCUCAGCAAAAGCAUAUCCUCGAAGCAGGCUCAGAACGCAGGGGAACAUAUGCCUCGGUCGGCAACUUUCCGAAGAAUGGAGGCCUGCCACACCACAGAUCAUGAUCAAGGGCAAAAGAUGCGCUGAAGUCGGUCUACCAACAGGCUGUCACACGUUUCCCAGCGCUCGGAAGCGAUGAUGAGCGGGUCUAACCAAUGCAAAUCGCGCUGUAAGCCCUGUCUCCGUUCUAAGGAUAGCCAAGCUCUCUAGGUAUAUAUAUACAUGAGAACUCGAUGGUAACAAGACAAUAGCGCUAUCGAUCUAACGUCUCUCUACGCCUGUCACGACUCCUAACGAACCUUUCGACCAUUAACGUAUAUUCCAAACGACUAUCAGAAAUGACGAAGCUUAACCAGCCUCACAUUACCCUGGCCGAGAACGAUGUCAUCCCUCCCACUAAUGUUUUGAGACCACGAACAUUGGUUCUUUGCUUCGACGGCACGGGAGACCAGUUUGACAACGAUAAUUCCAACGUUGUUCAGCUAUUUUCUCUCCUGCAGAAGGAUGACCAUAGGCAGCAGAUGGUUUACUACCAGGCUGGCAUCGGCACUUAUACGGUACCUCAAAUUGCGACUCCAAUUAUGUCCAAGGUAUCCAAGGCUAUGGAUGAGGCCGUAGCUUGGAACCUUGAUGCGCACGUCAUGGAUGGCUAUUCGUUCCUAAUGGAGAACUACCAAGGAGGUGACAAGAUUUGCUUGUUCGGCUUCUCGCGUGGCGCGUAUACCGCACGUUCGUUGGCCGGCAUGAUCCAGAAGGUUGGCCUUUUACCGGCAGGGAAUCACCAACAAGUGCCUUUUGCGUACAAGAUGUACACUCGGGCAUCAGAACAAGGGUGGAAGCAAAGUGCCGCUUUCAAAAAGGCUUUCUCUAUCGAUGUUGACGUUGAGUUUGUCGGAGUCUGGGAUACCGUGUGUUCGGUUGGUUUGAUCUCUCGACGACUGCCAUUCGUCUCCUCCAAUAGCGCGAUCCGGUUCUUCAGACAUGCAGUGUCGCUUGACGAACGUCGCGCCAAAUUCAAAGCUAACCUAUACAAUCGUCCCACGGAAGCUGAGAGCAAACUUGGCGUCCAGCCCGGACAAAUGCCUAAGUCUGGUGUUACACCGUCAUCGUCAAAACUUGGCAUGCCAGAAGCAGUCCAAGAUUGGAUUCACAAGACAACCAACAGUGCCCAGUUGGAGGAACAACGCCAAGCCGAGCGAGAAAUUGAGUUCACGAAACAAGACCACAACGCACUUGAUACUGACGUAAAGGAAGUUUGGUUCGCUGGCUGCCAUUGCGAUGUCGGAGGAGGCUCUGUACCGAACGACACCCGACAUAACUUGGCGCGUAUCCCUCUCCGAUGGAUGAUUCGCCAAUGUUUCCUUACGAACACAGGUAUCCGCUUCCACUCAUCCCUCCUGAAGAAAGUCGGCUUGGACUCUGCUUCUUUGUACCCUAUUGUGCAGCCUCGGCCCCCAGCACUUUAUUUCACCCCAACGCAUAAUCGCACGCCAACAGACGCCACAUUGGUCGGCACGGAGGAUUCAGACAAACAUCUGACUGAAGAGGAAGAAGACUUGAAAGAUGCCCUUUCUCCAGUUUACGACCAAUUGCUGCUCAAGCCUUUUUGGUGGAUUUUAGAACUUCUUCCGCUUUCUCAACGGUAUCAACGAAAGGAUAAUACAUGGAUUGAGAAGUUGGUGAUCAAUCGCGGGCGGGGGAGAGUCGUUCCGAAGUUCACGGAGAAAGACUUCUAUGUACAUCGCUCAGUGAAGAUCCGAAUGGAUGGCAAAGGACUCAAGGGAGGCUCUUACUCACCGAAGGCUCGUUUCUCCACUGAGCCCACAUGGGUAGACUAACGUUCUCGACCGCAUCCGGUGGUUUGUCUCUAAAUCGAUACCCUAUGUACGCUAUGUUAUUGAUCCAUUAAUAGUGAGAACAUUUUAUCUCUGCUCUGUUAUGCUUUGUUUUGAUCUUCAGCAAGUGGCUGCUUGGGUGGACCACGGGUCAAGGAACUCCUUAUGAGACGUCCAUCUGAA